AUGCCUAUCACGAAAAUUCACGCUCGUCAGAUCUACGACUCUCGGGGUAACCCGACUGUAGAAGUGGAUCUUUACACUACAGCACAUAGUUUUCGACACAUUUCCCAAAAGGAAAGCGAUAUUAUAGGUGUUUUUCGUGCGGCAGUUCCAUCGGGUGCUUCAACAGGAGUUCACGAGGCUCUUGAACUCCGUGACAAGGACAAGAAAGUUCAUCAUGGAAAAGGAGUUCUAAAAGCUGUUGCCAAUAUUAACGAGAAAAUUGCUCCUGCUCUUAUUGCUAAGAACUUCUGUGUCACCCAACAACGAGAUAUCGAUCAGUUCAUGCUCGCUCUUGAUGGAACAGAGAACAAGUCGAACCUUGGGGCUAAUGCCAUCCUUGGUGUUUCUCUCGCUGUUGCCAAGGCUGGAGCUGUCCACAAGGGCAUGCCUCUUUACAAGUACCUCGCCGAACUGGCUGGUGUCAGUAAGGUUAUUCUGCCUGUACCUGCUUUCAAUGUUAUCAAUGGUGGUUCCCAUGCUGGAAACAAGCUUGCUAUGCAGGAGUUCAUGAUCUUGCCAGUUGGUGCCACGAGCUUCCACGAAGCCAUGCGAAUGGGAUCGGAAGUCUACCAUCACCUGAAAGCGGAGAUAAAGAAAAGAUAUGGUCUUGAUGCCACAGCUGUAGGAGACGAGGGUGGUUUCGCACCUAAUAUCCAAGAUAAUAAGGAGGGACUUGACCUACUCAAAACUGCCAUUGACUUGGCUGGAUACACAGGAAAGAUCUCCAUAGGUAUGGAUGUCGCUGCUUCAGAGUUCUACAAGGAAGGCAAAUACGAUUUGGACUUCAAAAAUCCCAAGUCAGAUCCCAGCAAGUGGCUCACUGGAGACCAGCUUGCCGAGCUCUACCAGACCUUCAUCAAGGAGUACCCUGUCGUAUCAAUCGAAGACGCCUUCGAUCAAGAUGACUGGGACAACUGGGGCAAGCUCAAGGCUGCUACCAAUAUCCAGCUUGUGGGUGAUGACCUGACUGUCACGAAUCCAAAGCGUAUUCGCCAGGCUAUUGACAAGAAGAGCUGCAACUGUCUCUUGCUGAAGGUCAAUCAGAUCGGUUCAGUCACUGAGUCGAUUGAAGCUGCUAAGCUGUCUCGCUCAAAUGGCUGGGGUGUAAUGGUCUCUCACCGAUCUGGAGAAACUGAGGACACCUUCAUCGCCGAUCUUGUUGUCGGUCUUGCCACUGGCCAGAUCAAAACUGGUGCCCCAUGCCGCUCAGAGCGUUUAGCCAAGUACAACCAGCUGCUUCGUAUUGAGGAGGAACUUGGCAAAGACGCAGUCUACGCCGGAGAAAACUUCCGUAACCCUGUUUAA